UUAGCUGCAGCAACAGUUUUUUAUUAUUAUUAAUUUUUAAUAAGCUUGAGCAUUAUGACAGAAAAGGUAAUUGCUAGAUGUAGCUGGACACAGACGGCUGGCAAAGAACUGUCCCAGCUGGUGCCGACACGCCUCUCUGACGAAGAUGUCUUUGAGAAGCCCGAUUUGGACGACGUUAUCGGUGAGGAGCGUGCUGUUUUGUUCUCGUAUACCGACUGUCCCACAAUACCCUGUGAGCUGCAAUUUCAAAUAUCGCCCAAUUUUAAAAUUGCCGCCAUAACGCUUGUGUGCAGCGCACCCAAAGUGGAACUCUUUGUGGGCCCCACCCAGGAGUAUCUGGAGACGAUCUAUGGCAGUGCCGUCGAAGAAGAUGAGGGCGAUAUACCCAUACGCCCAUAUCGCUACGAUGUGGAAAUCGAUCGUUCUGGCAUUGCUGAUAUCAAUUUAAAGCUGCUUACCUCGGCCAAAGAGAUUUGCAUUUAUGGCGCUAUGCUGCACAUAGCCCCAAAUCCGAAUGGCAUUACCACACAGCUGCAGAAGCCAUUCGAUAUACAAAAAAUACAGGAGCUGCUGCAAAAAGGCGGCACCAGCUGCGGCCCAACAAAUCAAACCGAGGACAGUGAUCAAAAACUGCAAAAGUUUAUGAACAUGAUGAAGAACUAUGUGAGUCACUCGGAGACUUCGAUGCCAGCGGCUGCUGGCACAGAUAUGGGUGCGAGCAGUCUGAAGGAACAUAUCGAUGCCAAGUUUGACCAGUUGGAGCGCACAGUUUCCAAAAGAUUGGAUGGAUUCGAGGCGCAACAGGCUGCAAAGUUGGACAAAAUUAUUGCAAUGCUCGAAAACAAAAACUAAAUGAUUAAAUCAUAUAUUUAUGAAGCCAUCCAUCUAUUGCAUCUGUAAUUCGAACUUUUACAUGUAUUUAAAUUUAGUUAGAUGUUCAUAUAACGAAUUUAAUUGUGAUCUUUUGAAAGUUUCUUUGUAAUUU